CCUAAAUAAAUGCUUUGUUUUAGUCUUGGCUUGUUUAAUUUUUUCUCUCAUUUUUAUCAAAUUCACUUCAAAAUAGCUUCAUUAUGAUCAUAACAAACUCGAGUCAAGAGUUCGCUCGAUUAACAACAGACGAAGAGUUUGCAGAUGGCCAUGGAGCACAAGUUCAAAGUAACACACCCGAACAAAUAUUAGACGGCCUUUUAUCAAAAGUGGGAUACGGACUAUUUCAAAAGAAACUAUUGAUAUUAUGCGGAUUUGGAUGGUUAGCAGACAACAUGUGGCUUCAGACAAUAGCCAUUAUUCUUCCAAGAGUACAAGAGCAUUACAGUGUACCCGAUAAAUGGAUUGGCACUUUAUCGAGCUCGCUUUUUGCAGGAAUGACAUUUGGCGCCUUUUUUUGGGGUUCCUAUUCCGAUUCAAGAGGAAGAAAGCUGCCUUAUACAAUGACACUAGCUAUCACCACACUGUUUGGAUUGAUUUCCAGUUUUACAUUUAAUUUCGCAAGCUUAUGUUUUACACUUUUUUUUCUUGGGUUCGGUGUGGGUGGCAAUAUGCCUACAGAUGGUGCGUUAUAUCUCGAAUUCUUGCCUAGAGAAUACCAUUAUCUCUUAACAUUUAUGUCUGUAUUCUUUUCAUUUGGAGCUGUGUUUGCUUCUGUCUUGGGCUACAUGAUAUUGCCUAAUUGGAGUUGCCCAGAAACAGCAGAGCCAUGCGAUGUACAGACACAAAACAAAGGCUGGCGAAUCUUAUUGUUCUCUGUCUCGGUGGUCACGUUUGUCAUGCUCCUUUUACGCAGCUUAUGGGUCAAGUUGCCAGAGACACCCAAAUUUUUAAUGAGCCAAGACAGACAUAACGAGACAAUUAUUGUAUUACAAGACAUUGCUAAAAUCAAUGGUGGAAGUGUUCAAAUUGAACGAGAAGAAUUACCGGAUAUGCGAAGGAGACAUCCAAAUUCGCCACCCCAAGGAAUGAAUGACGAUGACUAUGACUUGUCACAAACGAAUCAUAUGGAUGAUAAUGAGGAUGAUGUAAAUCGGGUCUUAUUAUCAAGUGGACAACAUGGGGUAGAGGAGAUUGUGAUAGAAGAAAAAGAAAAAGGACAAGCACUUAGGUCAUUAUUGAGUCCACAAUGGAGAAGAACAACACUUUUGAUCUGGGCUAUUUGGACAAUUACUUCAGUUGCCUAUACAAUGUUCAAUGUGUUUUUGCCAAAAUUCCUUGAAACAUUAGGAUUUGAAGGAGAAGCAAUGCCUUCAAGAGAACAAGUGUACUGGGAUUACAUGAUUUAUUCAUUGGCUGGUGUGCCUGGCUCAGUAAUUGCUUCUUGGUUGAUUGAGACAAGGUUAGGUAGAAAAGGAACAAUGGCAGUAUCAGCUUUUGGUUCUUCUCUUUCGUUGUUUAUCUUCUCCAUCAUUAGCUCUCGUUUUACUAUGGUCAUAUCCUCUUCUGCUGUAUCAUUCCUAGCAACAUUACUAUACGCAGUCAUCUAUGGCUACACACCGGAAGUGUUUGAUACCAAUGUACGAGGAACUGCAGUUGGAACUGCCUCUGGAUUAGGCAGAAUUGCAGGUAUUGCUAGCCCCAUUGUCAGCGGUAUCCUGCUUACAAUCAAUACAUCAUUGCCUCUCUAUGUCAGUGUCAUUGGUUUCGGUAUCGUGAGUUUAUGUGUAGUGCUUUUGCCAUUUGAAACAAGAGGUAUCAAGUCCCCCUCUAUGUAAACCCAUUUGUAUUUUUAUAAUAAAAACAAGCGUCAAUACUAUAAGCAGUUGCUCAUCAAAGAAUGGCUUGUGAUUGAGAGUAUACGCCUUUUUCUGAAGUCUUUGAUCCUUUUUUCUUAUUGUAAAUGCACUGGCGUUUCUGUAGCUUCUAGUCUAGCAGUUUUUUGUGUGCACUUUUUGCUAAGACAAGAAAGAUUAUUGUAGAAUGAAAUAAAAAAAGCUAGCAUACUUUAAAGCUAACAUUUUGAGUGUGUUUUAUAUACUUAGAAAAGCAAUUCAUACCAAGACAUGUUACGUCUAAAAUGCCUCUAUCAAUCGCAAAUAGAAAAAUAGUGAAAACCGAUGAUUUGUAAAGAGCAAAAUGAUGAUUUUUUGCUAUGUUUUUGCAUCAAUAUGUUCUUUGAUGUGUGCUGAAACAUAG